CUCCCUAUUGCCCUUCACUGCUGAGGCUCACCAUCAUUUGUCAUUCAACACUGAGCUACAGCUGUUUUUCUUACUCCCAACCUAAUAGUUGGGAUUAAGAAAGGAGGCCAAGCAUAGUUACAUGCUUGGCCCCUUUGGACCUAAGUUUUUGACCUCUUAGCUAGUCUGAGCCCGUCAUUUAACAGAACAAACAAGCGCCAAGAAGGGACAUGACCUGGUGACAAUUGCUAGUGAAUCAGUGGAAGAACCAGGACCAGAUCCCAGUGCCCCACCUUCUGAGGACAUCCAUGACCUGAUUCUUUAAUGCAUGUCCUUGUAGCAGCGCCUGGAAAGUCUUUCCCCCUGAGGCCCUCAAAGGGAAACAGAGGUCUCAGAAUCCAUGAGGACUCCCUCCCCUUAGGCCAACCAGUGGCCUUGGGACCCCAGAUUAAAGAGGAGAAGAAGGGCCUGCCUGCUUGUGCGUGUGUGGCAGAGGUGGGUUUGGAUCAUGGGGUCUGGACAUGAAUGCCCAAGUGGCAGGAAGUGCUUCAAAUCAGAGCUCCUUUGGAGGCACAGAAUACCGGGUCCCUGGAAGGGGAACAGACGUGUUGUGGGAACAGGGCAGCCAGGGAGGGGAACAAAGGUUAAUGCUGGGGGUGACCAGAUCCUUCCGCCAGAGCUGACCACUUCUGCCUUUGGAAAAUGUUUCACAACGCCCCGUGUGUGUGCUGCAUGUGUGAAUGUGCGGACGGGAGGCGAGCGGUGAUGUAAGAGGCGGGAGCCCAGCCGGGAUGGGUAAGAGGGUGUGGGCUCGCACACUCACUCGCACCAGCACCCAGAGAGGGGUGCAGGGUGAACAGCUGCCCAGCACGUCGCUUACACCCGGCGAGUACCUGAAGCCUGCGUCCUCAUGGCAGGUGACAGGGACCCCCAAAGGCUGAGCAGGCCCAGCUACGGCUCCCUCUCCAGCCCACCUGGCCCAGGGCCACAGCAAGCACCUCCCAGAGAGACCUACCUGAGUGAGAAGAUCCGCAUCCCGGACACGAAAUCGGGCACGUUCAGCCUGCGGAAGCUGUGGGCCUUCACGGGGCCUGGCUUCCUCAUGAGCAUCGCUUUCCUGGACCCGGGAAACAUCGAGUCAGAUCUCCAGGCUGGAGCUGCGGCUGGAUUCAAACUGCUUUGGGUGCUGCUCUGGGCCACGGUGCUGGGCCUGCUCUGCCAGCGACUGGCUGCCCGCCUAGGCGUGGUGACAGGCAAGGAUUUGGGCGAGAUCUGCCAUCUCUACUACCCGAAGGUGCCCCGCACCCUCCUUUGGCUGACCAUUGAGCUAGCCAUCGUGGGCUCGGACAUGCAGGAGGUCAUCGGCACAGCUAUCGCGUUCAAUUUGCUCUCAGCUGGACGAAUCCCACUCUGGGGCGGCGUCCUCAUCACCAUAGUGGACACCUUCUUCUUCCUCUUCCUUGAUAACUACGGUUUGCGGAAGCUGGAAGCUUUUUUCGGAUUCCUUAUCACCAUUAUGGCCUUGACCUUCGGCUAUGAGUAUGUGGUGGCACGUCCCGCGCAGGGAGCGCUUCUUCGGGGCCUGUUCCUGCCCUCGUGCCCCGGCUGCGGCCAGCCUGAGCUGCUGCAGGCCGUGGGCAUCGUGGGCGCCAUCAUCAUGCCCCACAACAUUUAUCUGCACUCGGCCCUGGUCAAGUCUCGAGAGAUAGACCGGACCCGCCGAGUGGAUAUCCGAGAAGCCAACAUGUACUUCCUGAUUGAGGCCACCAUCGCCCUGUCUGUCUCCUUCAUCAUCAACCUCUUUGUCAUGGCUGUCUUUGGACAGGCCUUCUACCAGCAAACCAACCAGGCUGCGUUCAACGUCUGUGCCAACAGCAGCCUCCACGACUACGCCAAGAUCUUCCCCAUGAACAACCAGACGGUGGCCGUGGACAUUUACCAAGGAGGCGUGAUCCUGGGCUGCCUUUUCGGCCCCGCAGCCCUCUACAUCUGGGCCAUAGGUCUCCUGGCGGCCGGGCAGAGCUCCACCAUGACAGGCACCUACGCGGGACAGUUCGUGAUGGAGGGCUUCCUGAGGCUGCGGUGGUCACGCUUUGCCCGAGUCCUUCUCACCCGCUCCUGUGCCAUCCUGCCCACCGUGUUGGUGGCUGUCUUCCGGGACCUGAAGGACCUGUCAGGCCUCAACGACCUGCUCAACGUGCUACAGAGCCUGCUGCUCCCGUUCGCUGUGCUGCCCAUCCUUACAUUCACCAGCUUGCCCGCCCUCAUGCAGGAGUUCGCCAAUGGCCUGCUGAGCAAAGCCAUCACCUCCUCCAUCAUGGCACUGGUCUGCGCCAUCAACCUCUACUUCGUGGUCAGCUUCCUGCCCGGCCUCCCCCACCCCGCCUACUUCGGCCUUGUGGCCCUGGUGGCUGCAGCCUACCUGGGCCUCACUAUCUACCUGAUCUGGACCUGUUGCAUUGCCCAUGGAGCCACCUUUCUGGCCCACAGCUCCCACCAACACUUCCUGUAUGGGCUCCCCGACGAGGAGAAGGAGGGGGAGACCUCUGGAUGAACCCCCACCCAGGGCCUGGCUGGAAGGCGGAACGGGUGGGGCAGCUGACCUGCUGGGCAGGACAGGGCUUGAAGGCAGCAGCACAGAGUGGGAGAGUUUUGGAGGCAGGCCCACGUGGGGCCCUUGGGGACCUACUGUUUCCUAGCUCAGACAAGAGAUUAACCUCUGGGUCUGUGUCCUCAUCUGUAGAAUGGGACAACACCAACCUUGCGAUGGACGCUAAGCACUUUAACACAGUGCCUGGCACUUGGGACCUAAAAAAAAAAAAAGCAUUCAAAAAAUAUUUAUUGAGCACCUAUAGGAGUGACCUGACAAGACCAACGGUGGGGCUGGGGUGAGGCCGGAUGAAGGCUCCAAACUGGCACAUAAAAUAGAGUCUAAUAAAUGCCAAAUAAAUACUU